AUGAUCCGUGAUGGUGGCGAUAAUUAUGUACCACUCAUGGAGGACGAUGAUUACUCUCAAGCUCAACCACUUCCUACUCAACGGAACAACGUAGACGAUAUAGAGGUCGACAUCCUAAGUGCUACCGAACCUGAGGAAAUGGAAGUAGAAGUCUCGAUGACUAGUGCUGAUAUCCGCUCGCUGAUGCCUAUUGCAAAGGGAAGUGAAGACCGCUCGCAUGCGCCAAUUGACACUCAGGCUCGUACAAUACGCAUUGUUAUGCUAUCCUCCGGUUGUCCUUGGAAUCCGUCUAGUUUUCAGCGGUGA